UAAUAAUUAAAUAAAUAAAAUAAAUAAAUAAGUAAAUAAUAAUAAUAAUAAUAAUACCAAAAAAAAAAAAAAAAAUGUUUUAAGCUGAAGAUAAAACACAAAAGUGAUUUAAAGAGCAGAUUUCAUUUCCCUGGGAUCAGUGUGAGCGGAGUUUGAUUUUACACUAAACAAACGUGUUAAAAUAAAAGUUAAAGUUUAAAGUGGAGCAGAGCCUCAGACAGAGCAGUGCCUCCGGUUAGCGUCACAGUCACUGACUCGUGUACUGAGAGUCGUGUUGUUGUUGUUGUGUCCAGCGCAGCGAUGCCGGUCCAGUCCACGUUGUCCGUCUCUCGGUCCGGUCCGGUCCAGGCCCUGAUCACUCAGUCCGACGGGAAAUCCUUCGAGGAGCUGCGGUCCGAGUGUCUCCAGACGGGGGCGCUGUUCCAGGACCCGGACUUCCCCGCCGAAGACAAGUCCCUGUUCUUCAGCGAGAGCGUCCCAGUCAACUUCGAGUGGAAGAGACCCAAGGAGUUGUGUUCUGACCCCGAGUUCAUCGUGGGAGAUGCAAACCGCACGGACAUCUGCCAAGGACAGCUGGGGGACUGUUGGCUCCUGGCGGCGAUUGCGUCUCUGACUUUAAAGAAAGACGCUCUGGCUCGGGUGGUUCCUCACGACCAGGACUUCGGACGCAGAUACGCCGGAAUCUUCCACUUCCAGUUCUGGCAGCACAACAAAUGGCUGGACAUCGUGGUGGACGACAGACUCCCGACCGUCCGGAACCAGCUGGUCAUGCUCCACUCGGCCUCCAACAACGAGUUCUGGAGCGCGCUGCUGGAGAAGGCCUACGCCAAGUUACACGGGAGUUACGAGGCGCUGAAGGGCGGCAGUACGAUGGAGGCCAUGGAGGAUUUCACCGGAGGAGUGGGAGAAAACUACGACCUGAAGUCUGCUCCAAACGAACUGUUCUCCAUCAUGAAGAAAGCCCUGGACCGAGGCUCCAUGAUGGGCUGCUCCAUCAACAUCACAAGUUCGGCCGAGUCUGAGGCGCGAACCUCCACCGGUCUGGUGAAGGGACACGCCUACUCCAUCACCGGAAUGGAGGAGGUCGAGUACCAGGGUAGAAAAGUUCGUCUGAUCCGGAUCAGAAACCCCUGGGGUCAGGUCGAGUGGAACGGACCCUGGAGCGACAACUCCAGAGAGUGGAACUACGUGGACCGAGCCGAGAAAAACAGGAUCCUCCAGAACUCCACCGACGACGGAGAAUUCUGGAUGGAGUUCGAGGACUUUAAGAGAAACUACGACACGGUGGAGAUUUGUAACAUGACGCCCGACGCUCUGAGCGACGACACCAAACGACACUGGGAGGUCAACCUGUUCGAGGGCAGCUGGAUCAGGGGCGCCACCGCUGGAGGCUGCAGGAACUACAUCGGUACAAAGACGGAAAUGCAGAAGAACAGAAGGAAACUCCGCAAAGAAGGACUGGACCUGGAGACCAUCGGUUUCGCCGUUUACGAUGCCCCAGACGACACCGACCAGGCGGGGAAGGACUUUUUCCGGUACCACGCGUCCAAAGCUCGAAGCCGCACCUACAUCAACAUGAGGGAGGUGGCCGAGCGCUUCACCCUGCCCCCCGGACGCUACCUCCUCGUGCCCACCACCUUCCAGCCGCACCACGAGGCCGACUUCCUCGUCAGGAUCUUCUCCGAGAAAAAGGCCGACGCAGUAGAGAUGGGGGCCGUAAUCGACGCCGAUCUGCCAGAGCCGCCGAUGCCGAGCGCUCCGGAGGAUGAGACGGACGAGGAGAAGUUUCUGAGGAAACUGUUUGAGCAGCUGGCAGGAUCUGACCAGGCCAUCGACGUGUACGAGCUGCAGGAGAUGCUCAACGGAGUCCUGAGCCGACGGAAGGAGAUCAAGUUUGAGACUCUGAGCCUCCACACGUGUCACAGCAUCAUUAACCUCAUGGACGUGGACAACACGGGGAAAAUGGAGUUCCAGGAGUUUAAGGUUUUCUGGGAGAAGAUGAAGAAGUGGAUUAUGCUGUUUUUGUCCUUUGACACUGACCGCUCCGGGAAGAUGUCGUCCUAUGAGCUCCGCAGCGCCCUCAACGCCGCAGGGAUGAAGCUGAACAACAAACUCUUGGCUCUGCUCGGGCUCCGAUUCGCCGAUAAGAAAUACGACAUCGACUUUGAUGAUUAUCUCACCUGCAUCGUGAGGCUGGAGAACAUGUUCAGGUGUUUCCAGGCCAUGGACAAAGAGAAGAGAGGACGAGUGCGAAUGAAUAUGAUGCAGUUCCUGAUGUUGUCCAUGAACGUUUAAAGAGAAACCAGAAGACAAAGAUCACAACAACACAACAACAACAACAACAACAACAACAACAACAAAACUACUCCAUGGUGCAAAGAGACAAGCUUUUAUUACAAUAUUUUACAUUUAUUUUUCGUUUUUGGAGCAUAGCACAACUGAUGUUAAAAUGUGGAAGGGGUAAAAACAUUUUCAGAAAUUAUUUUUGUGUGAUGAAGAUUUUUUUGACUGUUCUUAAAAAUGGAAAUAAAUUCAAAUUGAGCCGUG